GGUGGUUCAGUAUAGGUGCCCGUAUACACAGUGCUGCUCUGACAGCUCCCACCCCUCCCGGUCGCGCUAUACACUACAUUAUCCAGAAUCCUUUUCGGAAAAUUCGUUACUUCCAGUGAAGCAGCUGGUCCCCGCCCGCUUGGCGUCGCCGUUUCCAUGCAAUGUCUCCCCUGGUUACUACGCUCCCUUGUAUUCCAGAACCUGCCUACGGCAUCGCUUGUACGCGGCUAGGGAUAGGAUUAAAGCGCUUACGAUCCGCCGCCUCCGCCUCCCGCCUGUAUUAUUUCCCCCCCAGUGGUUCAUACGGAGAUUAUUGGCCGUGCUGUGCCUGUCAGGAGCCCGCCGCCUCAUUACAUGCAGACGAGCCGUGUAUAUCUGUAGUAGAUAGCCCUCCAUCCUGUGCCCGGCCGUCUUCAUGUCUGUGCCGCUGAAUGACAAGAUCCUGCACGAGAUGCUGCAAUGAGGAAUCAGUGCAGGCUGGACCGUGCCUGAGCCUACCCCUCCCCUCGUCAGACAGACGCUUCUCCUGCAUCCAUCCCACCUGUUCCUGGAAUAAACUUGCAGCCCUGGGCAUCAUUGGUGGGCAGCGCAUGUAUUGGCAGGAGAGAUCCAUUGGGAGCCAUGAAGGAUGCACUGUCAGCCCUCCUCUCCAUGCACGGGCUCCUGGCAGCUAGGGGAUUAUGGUGGCACUAGAUAGCUGCGGUGCUGUCACUAGCUCUUCUCUGCCAUUGUACAGGGACAUCAGGUGCUGACAGCAGAGGCUUCCCCUGUGGAGGAGGAGCGGACACCCUGCCAGGAGAGAAGACCUUGUGCCACCUUCCUCUCUGCCCCUGUACACACUCAACAGUGUCCUGCUGAUAUCAUGGCGGACAGGACUGCUCCUGGAUGCCAGCUGCGCCUGGAGUGGGUAUAUGGCUACAGGGGGCACCAGUGCCGCAACAACCUGUACUACACGGCCGGCAAGGAAGUGGUCUACUUCGUGGCUGGGGUAGGGGUGGUCUACAACACCCGGGAGCACAGCCAGAAAUUCUUCCUGGGCCACAACGAUGAUAUUAUAAGCCUUGCUUUACAUCCAGACAGAACUCUUGUUGCCACAGGACAGGUUGGAAAAGACCCUUAUAUAUGUAUAUGGGAUUCAUACACUGUACAGACAGUUUCCAUCCUUAAAGAUGUGCACACGCAUGGAGUAGCUGGCUUGGCAUUUGAUUCAGAGGGACAGCGCCUUGCCUCUGUGGGACUGGAUGCCAAAAACACUAUUUGCAUUUGGGAUUGGCAGAAAGGCAAAGUUUUGGCAACUGCUACUGGACACUCAGACAGGAUCUUUGAUAUAUCAUGGGAUCCAUAUCAGCAAAACAGAUUGGUCAGUUCUGGGGUCAAACAUAUCAAGUUCUGGACUUUAUGUGGAAAUGCCCUCACAGCAAAGAGAGGGAUUUUUGGGAAAACUGGAGAUCUACAGACCAUCCUGUGCUUAUCCUGUGCAAGAGAUGACGUCACUUACUCAGGGGCAUUGAAUGGAGACAUCUAUGUGUGGAAAGGUCUAACGCUGGUCCGUACCAUUCAAGGAGCUCACAGUGCUGGAAUAUUUAGCAUGUAUGCCUGUGAGGAAGGCUUUUCUACUGGUGGAAGAGAUGGAUGCAUUCGUCUAUGGGACAAUGACUUCAAACCUAUCACUAAAAUUGAUCUUCGGGAAAGUGAGCAAGGUUAUAAAGGCCUCUCUAUCAGGAGCGUAUGCUGGAAAGGAGAUAGGAUUCUAGCCGGGACUCAGGAUAGUGAAAUCUUUGAAGUAAUGGUGCGGGAACGGGAUAAGCCCAUGUUGAUAAUGCAGGGACAUUGUGAAGGAGAGCUCUGGGCACUUGCCAUGCACCCGAAGAAACCUUUAGCCGUUACCGGCAGCGAUGAUCGAUCUGUUAGGUUAUGGAGUCUUGCAGACCAUGCUUUGAUAGCUCGCUGUAAUAUGGAGGAAGCUGUGCGGAGUGUGUCCUUUAGUCCAGAUGGAUCUCAGCUUGCCCUUGGAAUGAAGGAUGGUUCAUUCACUGUACUCAGGGUCAGGGAUAUGACGGAAGUGGUUCACAUUAAGGAUAGAAAAGAAGUAAUCCAUGAGAUGAAGUUUUCACCAGAUGGUUCCUAUCUUGCUGUGGGUUCUAAUGAUGGCCUCGUGGAUGUGUAUGCAGUUGCACAGCGAUACAAGAAAAUUGGGGAAUGCAAUAAAUCUUCCAGUUUCAUAACACAUCUUGAUUGGUCUGUGGAUAGCAAGUACCUGCAAACUAAUGAUGGAGCUGGAGAAAGGUUGUUUUACAAGAUGCCAUCUGGGAAACAUCUAACAAAUAAAGAUGAAAUCAAAGGCAUACAUUGGUUUUCUUGGACGUGUGUGGUUGGACCAGAGGUCAAUGGAAUAUGGCCAAAAUAUACAGACCUUACUGAUAUCAAUUCAGUGGAUGCCAAUUUUAAUAGCACAGCCUUGGUGACUGGAGAUGAUUUUGGGCUAGUAAAAUUAUUCAGGUUCCCUAGCCUUAAAAAAGGAGCCAAGUUUCGUAAAUACGUUGGCCAUUCUGCACAUGUCACGAAUGUCCGCUGGUCACAUGACUUCCAGUGGGCAUUGAGCACCGGGGGAGCUGACCACUCUGUUUUUCAGUGGAGAUUUAUUCCUGAAGGAAUGGUAAAUGGGAUUAUUGAAACUCCUCCUCAAGAAGGGAUUAUUGAUUCCUGCAGUGAAGAGUCGGAUUCAGACGUAUCAGAUGUGCCGGAACUAGACUCUGAUAUCGAGCAGGAGACACAAAUCAAUUACGAUCGCCAGGUUUACAAAGAAGAUCUACCUCAGCUCAAGCAGCAAAAUAAAGAAAAGCAAAAUUCAUUGCCUUCUCUUAAAAGAGAAAAAGCCCCAGACGAAAGUUUGAAGUUAAAAUUUGUGCAUGGCUACAGGGGCUAUGACUGUAGAAACAACCUGUUCUACACCCAGACUGGAGAGGUGGUGUACCAUGUGGCAGCAGUGGCAGUGGUGUAUAACAGACUACAACAUUCCCAAAGAUUGUACCUAGGGCAUGAUGAUGACAUCCUCAGUUUGGCCAUUCACCCAGUGAAAGAUUAUGUAGCAACUGGCCAGAUUGGACGGGAUGCUGCAAUUCAUGUUUGGGAUACACAGACACUGAAGUGUUUAUCGCUGUUGAAAGGACAACACCAAAGAGGGGUCUGUGCGCUGGAUUUUACAGCUGAUGGAAAAUGUUUGGUGUCUGUUGGUUUGGACGAUAAUCAUACAAUUGUGUUCUGGGACUGGAAAAAAGGAGAGAAAAUUGCCACAACACGGGGUCACAAAGAUAAAAUAUUUGUUGUGAAAUGUAACCCACAUCAUAAUGAUAAGCUGGUCACUGUUGGCAUGAAGCACAUCAAGUUCUGGCAACAAACAGGGGGAGGAUUUACCUCAAAACGGGGAACUUUCGGAAAUAUUGGAAAACUAGACACAAUGAUGUGUGUUUCAUAUGGAAGGACAGAAGAACUAGUGUUUUCUGGAGCAGCAACAGGAGAUAUUUAUGUUUGGAAAGAUAUCCUUCUGCUUAAAACCAUUAAAGCCCAUGAUGGACCUGUAUUUGCCAUGUACGCAUUGGAUAAGGGUUUUGUAACCGGGGGAAAGGAUGGAGUGGUGGAACUCUGGGAUGACAUGUUUGAACGGUGCCUAAAGACAUACGCCAUUAAAAGAUCAGCAAUUUCUUCUAAUUCAAAAGGCCUACUUUUAGAAGAUAAUCCUUCAAUUCGUGCCAUCACUUUGGGACAUGGACACAUUUUGGUUGGGACCAAAAAUGGAGAAGUUCUGGAAAUUGAUAAAAGUGGUCCAAUAACAUUGCUUGUUCAGGGUCAUAUGGAGGGAGAAGUCUGGGGUCUGGCAACCCAUCCACAGCUACCUAUAAGUGCCACAGUGAGUGAUGACAAAACACUCCGGAUCUGGGAACUAUCCUCCCAACACCGCAUGCUGGCUGUGCGGAAACUGAAAAAGGGUGGACGAUGCUGUGCCUUCUCUCCAGACGGGAAAGCCUUAGCUGUGGGCCUGAACGAUGGUGGCUUCGUAGUGGUAAAUGCCGACACACUUGAAGAUAUGGUGUCUUUUCACCAUAGGAAGGAAAUGAUAUCUGAUAUAAAAUUUUCACCCGAUGCUGGAAAAUACCUGGCUGUGGCCUCUCAUGAUAAUUUUGUUGAUAUCUAUAAUGUACUGACAAGCAAGAGAGUUGGUAUCUGUAAAGGAGCUUCCAGCUAUAUAACCCACAUUGACUGGGACUCUAGAGGUAAAUUGCUGCAAGUGAAUACAGGUGCCAAAGAACAAUUAUUUUUCGAAGCUCCAAGGGGAAAAAUAUAUGUUAUUAAAUCUGCAGAGAUGGAGCGGAUAGAAUGGCAUUCCUGGACCUGCGUCCUUGGCCCCACAUGUGAAGGAAUCUGGCCUGCUCAUAGUGAUGUGACUGAUGUAAAUGCCGCCUCUCUUACCAAAGACAGGAAAUCCUUAGCUACAGGAGAUGAUUUUGGUUUUGUAAAACUGUUUUCCUAUCCUGUAAAGGGUCGUGAUGCAAAAUUCAAAAAAUAUGUUGGCCACAGCGCUCACGUCACCAAUGUCAGAUGGUUAUAUGAUGAUUCAACACUACUGACUGUAGGCGGAGCAGAUACGGCGCUGAUGAUCUGGACACGAGAGGCAUUUAGCAACUUAGAGAGCAAACCCGUGGACAGCGAAGAGUCGGAUACAGAUGCAGAAGAAGAUGGAGGUUAUGACAGUGAUGUUGCAAGAGAGAAAUCAAUAGAUUAUACCACUAAAAUCUAUGCAGUGAGCAUACGAGAAAUGGAAGGAACAAAGCCACAUCAGCAGAUAAAGGAGGCUUCUGUGGAGGAAAGGUUCAGAUACCAAUGUAACCUGCCAAAAUCAGGUGAUAAUUUUGGUGUUUGCGAGUAUUUUGACCCCUGCUCAUCUCUAAUCUCUAUGAUCAUGCAAUUUCUGAGAAGGCAGGGCAUUGUCAAACCGUCAGUCAGCCGAGCCGCUCCUCAACCAGAAAAGCUGCAGAAGAACAAUAUCAACAAGAAAAAGAAAAUCAUUGAGGAGCUCUCACUGGAGCAUGUAUUUGGAUACCGAGGCUUUGAUUGUCGUGACAACCUCCAUUACCUCAAUGAUGGUACUGAUAUCAUCUACCAUGCUGCUGCUGCUGCCAUCGUCCAGAGCCUUUCUGCAGGAACUCAGAGCUUUUAUCUGGAGCACACGGAUGAUAUACUUUGCCUGACUGUCAAUCAACAUCCAAAAUACAAGAAUGUUGUAGCAACUGGGCAAAUCGGUGAAAUUGCUGAACAUUCAGGCGCUACCCCCUCCAUUCAUAUCUGGGAUGCUAUGAGCAAACAGACCCUGUCUAUUCUGCGGUGCUUUCAUGCUAAGGGCGUUGGAUACAUAAAUUUUAGUGCAACAGGGAAGUUACUGGUGUCUGUAGGCGUUGAUCCAGAACAUACCAUAACCAUCUGGCGAUGGCAGGAAGGUGCUAAAGUUGCCAGUAGAGGAAAUCAUAUUGAGCGGAUAUUUGUUGCAGAGUUUCGCCCAGACUCGGACACCCAGUUUGUAUCUGUUGGAGUAAAACACAUAAAAUUCUGGACUCUGGCUGGGAGCGCCUUACUCUAUAAGAAAGGGAUUGUGGGAUCUGUGGACAAUGCCAAAAUGCAAACAAUGCUUUCCGUGGCCUUUGGUGCUAAUAGCCUCACUUUCACCGGUGCCAUAAAUGGAGAUGUCUAUGUCUGGAAAGAUCACUUUCUAAUCCGACUCGUGGCUAAAGCACACACAGGACCAGUCUUCACAAUGUAUACAACGCUACGUGAUGGACUUAUUGUAACUGGUGGAAAGGAACGCCCAACGAAAGAAGGGGGUGCUGUUAAGUUAUGGGACCAGGAAAUGAAAAGGUGCCGGGCAUUUCAGCUGGAGACAGGCCAAUCCCUGGACUGUGUGCGAUCAGUAUGCAGAGGCAAGGGCAAAAUUUUGGUGGGGACCAAAGAAGGAGAAAUUAUUGAAGUCGGAGAAAAAAAUGCUGCAUCCAAUAUUCUUAUUAAUGGUCACGUGGAGGGAGAGAUCUGGGGCCUCGCAGCACAUCCCUCCAAAGACAUGUUUCUCACAGCAAGUAAUGACGGCACAGCCAGGAUAUGGGACCUUGCUGACAAAAAACUUCUGAACAAAGUGAGUUUAGGUUAUGCCGCAUGCUGUGCAGCUUACAGCCCUAAUGGAGAAAUGGUAACAAUUGGGAUGAGGAACGGAGAAUUUGUUAUUCUACUUGUAAAUUCACUGAAAAUAUGGGGCAAAAAGAGAGACCGCAAAGGAGCUAUUCAGGACAUCAGGAUCAGUCCAGAUAACAAAUACCUGGCUGUUGGCUCGGCAGAAAACACAGUGGAUUUUUAUGAUAUCACUCAAGGAUCUUCGUUGAACAGGAUCGGUUACUGCAAAGACAUUCCCAGUUUUGUUAUACAAAUGGACUUUUCUGCCGAUAGUAAAUACAUUCAGGUAGCAACCGGUGCUUAUAGGCGGCAAGUGCACGAAGUGCCAUCUGGAAAACAAAUAAUAGAUGGUGCCUUCAUAGAGAAGAUUACAUGGGCUACUUGGACAAGCAUCCUGGGAGAUGAAGUGAUCGGUAUCUGGCCACGUAAUUCGGAUAAAGCUGAUGUGAACUGUGCAUGUGUGUCACACGCUGGACUCAACAUUGUUACAGGAGAUGACUUCGGAUUGGUUAAACUCUUCGACUUUCCUUGCACUGAAAAAUUUGCCAAACACAAACGUUACUUUGGUCAUUCAGCACAUGUGACUAAUGUACGUUUUUCGCACGAUGACAAGUAUGUCAUAAGCACUGGAGGGGAUGACUGCAGCGUGUUUGUAUGGAGAUGCCUUUAAGAGCUUGUAUCACCAGUGACUUGAAACGCGUGGCGUCAGCUGCUGCACACGUUCUUGUAAAAUGCUGCAUAGGUUUCUUGUGUCAACCGGACCUUAAAAAGACCACAAUUUAUAGAUGGGAUGUGUUAUUUUCUGUUUUUAUUUUGUACAGUGCAGCAUUUUACUUCCAAGAAGACUGAGCGUACAAAGAAACAUAACCAUCCAAACACGAUUACUUUUAGCCUUUCACUAUAUUUUAGAUUUGAUAGCGGAGUAAACUGAAUCGAUGUACACUUUGCAGGCCACUGAAAUGUGAAUUUAUUUUAUUGACAGAAAUAAUAGAGCUGCAUCCUUAGUGAUUAUGAUACUUGCACAUUUUGUACAGAAUAAUGAGAAUAAUCAUGCUAUUUUUACAUUUGAUAUUUUACAUAAGCCAUGUUUAAAGCACUUGGACUUUUUAGUUGCUUAUGGUUGUUCUUUUUUUUUUUUUUUU